UCAUAGUUGAUGCAACAUUCACAUGAUGAUUGAUUAAUGUGAUCAAAGUCGAAAUAGGUACGAUGUAAUUAAUGUAUCUUCCACCUCCGGUUGGCUGGGAAGAUCAACUGACACCAGAGAAUGAGGCUGCACUUUGAUCUCAUUCUCGUCUCUGAGUCACCCCGUGACGCUUUCUGCUGCUCUCUCCCUGCUGUCAUUCCCUGCCAAAAUAUCUUCCUCCAACGUUCCCAAACUCGUUGUUUAUCUGCUGCUGCCAUGCGACGCCACCGCGCAGGCUACCUUCCAAAACACUACACGCCAUGCUCCCUUGGCUGAAUCCCAUCCCUCUCCUCUCACCCUGGAGGCGACCGUUGCAGGUCCCUGAAGAGCUCAGGAAGGAGUAGCUUUUGUUGCCAUCUUCUCCCUCUGUCUUCACGUCGAGAGCCGCUCUUCGUCGAGUCACAUGAUGCGCUACCGUAAUCCUUUCGAGGUCGUCCUCACGCGAGCAAGUAGACAAACUGCACUACGGGUUGUGUCCUUAUCAGUUUGUCCUCCCAUCUCAGCUCACUACCGUUGGGUCGACGACCGUUCCGAGAUCGUGUUCUUGUUCUUAUAGUCUGGAAUGGAAGCCGCAUCGAUCGACAUUGUCAUUGCAACUGAAGCUAAAGUACUCUCUCUUCUGCUCUUUAGAAGUUGGUUCAUCCAUGGGAGCAUCUCCAAGCAUGUUCUUCCUGGUCAUCUGCCUGUUUGUCUCAGUGCACUCCAGUGCAUGCGAGCUCGGUUCCACCAAGCAGCACCGGCGGCACGAGUGGUACUUCAAGCCAACCGGCAAACAGACCAUCGUGGUGGACGCCAAUGGCUCCGGCCAUUUCUCGUCCGUCCAAGAGGCCGUUGACUUCGUCCCAGAGAACAACACCAAGCGUGUCGUCAUACAGAUUCAUGCUGGUCAUUACACGGAGAAGGUGAUCGUGCCGUCGACGAAGCCAUAUGUGACGUUCCAAGGGGCCGGCAGGGACGUGACGGUGAUCGAGUGGCACGACCGGGCGAGCGAUCGAGGACCUGACGGGCAACAGCUACGGACUUAUAACACGGCUUCUGUCACUAUUUUUGCUAGUUAUUUCAGGGCUAGGAAUAUUAGCUUCAAGAACACAGCUCCAGCUCCAAUGCCGGGCAUGGAAGGAUGGCAAGCAGCAGCGUUCCGCAUAUCGGGAGACAAGGCGUACUUCUUCGGCUGCGGCUUCUACGGCGCCCAGGACACACUCUGCGACGACGCCGGCCGCCACUACUUCAAGGAUUGCUACAUCGAGGGAUCCAUCGAUUUCAUCUUCGGCAAUGGUCGUUCCAUGUACAAGGAUUGCCAACUCCACUCCAUCGCAGACCGGUUCGGGGCCAUCGCAGCUCAGGACAGGAACAGCCCGUGCGAGCGGACGGGCUUCGCCUUCGUGAACUGUAAAGUAACCGGCACGGGCAAGCUCUACGUAGGACGAGCCAUGGGGCAGUACUCGAGGAUCGUCUUCGCCUACACCUACUUCGAUGACGUGAUCGCCCCCGGAGGCUGGGACGACUGGGAUCACAACAGCGACAAGAACCAGACGGCGUUCUUUGGAGUCUACAGAUGUUGGGGUCCUGGUGCAGCAGCAGUGCGUGGGGUUUCUUGGGCUCGGGAGCUCGAUUUCGACACGGCUCGACCUUUCCUCGUCAAGAGUUUCGUGAAUGGAAGACACUGGCUUGGCCCUUCCGAUCCUUGAGUUCUUCACUCCUACACUUGCAGUAGCAGCUCAUUCAACCAUUUGUUAUUCCUACACUUCCAAUUUGUAUUCGAACCAUGCAAUAAGAUGUCAAACCUCACUCUCUCU